UUUUUUUUUUUUUUUUAGAAAAAAAAAAUGCAUUAUUGCAUACUAUUAUAAUAGAUAAUCAUUUUUUCUUUAAACUUGUUGUUGAAAAAUGUUGAAAUUUAAAAAGCACGAUAAAGAAAGAUCUUCUAAUCAUUCUCGUUCACCAGAUCGUAGAAGAGAACGCUCUCGGUCACCAGAUCGUAGAAGAGAACGUUCACGGUCACCUAAUUAUCGAAGAGAUUAUUCACCUCGCUACAGAAAAGAUGAUUCAUCCGGUCAUUACAAAAGAGAUUACUCUCCAAGAAGAUAUGAUAGUCGACGUAAUGAUAGAAGAGAAUCUUCACCAAGAGAUGAAAAAAGAUCCCAUCACAGAUCACGCAGUCCACCACCAUCUAGAAUGAAAAAUGAAAAUAAGGCAAGCUAUCUAUCUUUAAUAGAUCUUUUCAUUUUUUUUUUAUUCUUCGAAUUCCUUUACUUAUUUUUUAAUCUUAUUGAAAUAGAAGUCAAUGAUAGAUUGGGUAAAAAAGCUAGAAUCAAGUGCUCGCCCAAUGAUCUUGUUGGAGAUUUUAAAAAAUUAGUAGCAGCACAAAUCGGUACAGACCCAAAUAAAAUUGUGCUCAAAAAAUGGUAUAAAGAAUUUAAAGAUCACAUUACCUUAGCUGAUUAUGAAUUACAUGAUGGUAUGAAUCUUGAAUUAUAUUAUAGAUAAUAAAAAUCUUUUACAGUUGUACAAGUUCGAUUGGUUCCUGUUUUUAAAUGGCAUUUGAACCACUAAAAGAAAAGGAAAAAAAAAUAACUUUUAUUGAAAGAAAAGGAAAAAAAAAGAAAAAAAGACAAGGAUUUGCAUAGUGAACGCCUCUUUUUUUUUUCUUUUUCUUCUUCUUAAAAA